CUGUCUUUGCGUGCGGUUCAGUUUUAGAAGUAGGAAGAAUCGUUUAAGUAGAGGCGAGAUCCGUGCGUUUUCCUUUUACCCGACUCGAAUACAUUUUUAAAUAAACAAAAAAAAAAUAAGAAAAGGAAUUCUUUAUUAGUUACCGAACGCAGUGUGCAACAAAUGCAAAUCUCGUAAUCAAAAACAAUUGUGUGUAUCUCAUUUUGCAGUAACAUUUAAACAUUAAAAAGCAACAAGUAAUCAAAGCGUGUUAAAGCAACAAAUAUUUAUAUAUAUAUAUACAUAUAUAAUAGCCUUUUGUUUAGCAAUUGUGCAAUACCCGAAAAAAACCGAACAUAGAGAAACAGUCGAAAGAGUUUAAUACGCAUCAUAAAAGAAUCUCGGCUACAAAAAAAAAUAAAAACAUUGUGCAACUAAGUAAACAAUUGUAAAAGCUUAAACAAAACACACUCACCCACACACACAUACAAAUAUAUACACACACUACAACAGAAUGAGUGUCUGUGAGAAUAAGACCGUUGUGCAACAGCAAUUGCAACAACAGGCCGCCGCUGCCGUUGCGGCUGCCGCAGCCGCUGCCGUUGCUCAGCAGCAGCAGCAACAGCAACAACAACAGCCCCCGCAAGUGGUGCCACAGCCGCAGCACAUGACGCCCCAACAACAACAACAGAGCACACAAAGCAUUGCCGACUAUUUGGCACAAUUGCUAAAGGAUCGCAAACAGUUGGCCGCAUUUCCAAAUGUCUUUACGCACGUGGAGCGACUGCUGGAUGAAGAAAUUGCGCGUGUUCGUGCCUCCCUAUUCCAGAUUAAUGGCGUUAAGAAGGAACCCCUUACGCUGCCCGAGCCAGAGGGCGCAAUGGUUACGCUGAAUGAGAAGGUUUAUGUGCCAGUGCGUGAGCAUCCAGAUUUCAACUUUGUUGGUCGCAUUUUGGGACCGCGCGGCAUGACAGCCAAACAAUUAGAACAAGAGACUGGCUGUAAGAUAAUGGUACGCGGCAAGGGCUCCAUGCGGGACAAAAAGAAGGAGGAUGCCAAUCGUGGCAAACCGAAUUGGGAGCACUUGUCUGAUGACUUACACGUCCUGAUUACUGUCGAGGAUACCGAAAAUCGCGCCAAAGUCAAGUUGGCUCAAGCUGUUGCUGAAGUGCAAAAGCUGCUCGUGCCGCAAGCCGAAGGCGAAGAUGAGCUAAAGAAACGUCAACUUAUGGAAUUAGCCAUCAUUAACGGCACAUAUAGGGACACAACAGCGAAAUCAGUCGCAGCUUUCUCAUGCGUUGGUUCUCCUUCUGCUUCUGUUCUGUAUCCCGCAGUGUGCGAAGAGGACUGGCGCCGUUUGGUUGCUGCAUCGGAUAAUCGCCUGCUGACACCCACCUUGUCCGGACUGGCCACCCAGAUGCGUUCACCCGCCAAUGCGCCGCUCGGCGCUCCUUUGAUACUUAAUCCACGAAUGACUGUGCCGACAACAGCGGCCAGCAUAUUGUCCGCCCAGGCAGCGCCGACAGCCGCCUUCGAUCAGACCGCCCAUGGCAUGAUAUUUGCAUCGCCAUACACCGACUACGCGAACUAUGCGGCGCUGACCGCCAAUCCCCUGUUGGCGGAAUAUCCAGAUCAUAGCGGCGCCCUUAAGCAGCAACGUCGUUUGGCGGCUAACAGAGAACACCCCUAUCAGCGUACAACGGUCGGAGUGCCAGCCAAGCCGGCGGGUUUCAUUGAAAUACAGUAAACACUAACAAAUCAAAAAUAACUAAAACAAAAAAAUAAGAAGAAAAGAAGAAGCAUAACAGCAACGACAGCAAAUCAAUUUCUUGUUUCAUCACAUGAGACAAAUAUUAUUUCAUUUUUUUUAAAAUGUAUUUAUCUAAAACAAAUUAUUUAAAUUUUAUUUCUCCAAACGCUAAAGAAGUUAACGAUGAGUGUUAUCGUUGGGCCGCCAACAAAAAAAAAAAAAAAAAAGAAAAAACAAAAACAAAAACUGGGCCCUAAUCAAUUUAGUUCAAUUAUGUUAAAGAUUUUGUAUUUAUUCUUGUUUUGCCUUCUACAUGACUAUAACAAAAAUUAAAUCUUAUUCAAGUUUUCGAACAAUUUUAAAUCACAAAUAAUAAAGCUCGUUGUGCCCUGCUGUAUGCACAAUGAAACCCAGCCAGUCCAGUUGGCCAGGCCGGUCUGUGCAGCUCCGUAACUCAGUUAACUCAGUCCAAUAAAUAACUCAAGCGCCUAACAGAUGCACCUCCUGCCAUUGAUAUACAGCCGCAGCGAAUGAAAUGAAUGCAGCAACAACAAGGACCAACAGCAGCAGCAGCAGCGGUUGUGGAAGCCGUGUGGGCAGUGGCUGAAUGUGGCAUGUGAUAUGCUAAUUGCGAGUAGUGCAAGCACACUUCGUCACUGACAAAUACUAAUGCAACAUCACACACACGUAUUCACAAACACACCCGCAUACACCCACACACACACGCCACAUGCAUUUGCUGCAUCCAAAUACAAACUGUGUCUGUGGCCUGUUGCUUGCGCCUGCAUCAACUCUCAUUUGUAUGCAACAGCAGUAACUGUAAACAACAACAGCAACAACAACAACAGCAGCAGCAGCAGCAGCAACAACAACAGCAACAUCAACAAUAUGAAGAAGAAGCAAAGCAAUGUAUUGAAUUUUGUGGCCAUUUCUGUUGCGUUUUGCCAGCCAGUAAAACAAAACAAAAAAACAAACAAUUACAAUAACAAAUCAAACAUAGUUUUAUAGCUUAAAUUAAAGAAGAAGAGAAAGAAACGCAUAUAAUUAUAAUCUAUUAACCACUUAUAAGUUAUAGUACAUAGUGAAAAGUGCAGCGAACAAAAACAAAAAUAACAAAAAAAAAAAAAAAAAAGAAAUACUUAAUUCAACUGCAAGUCUUUACGCAUUGAACAAUAUCGAUUUGUUUAAAUGCCAUUAUAGAAAAGAAUAACAAUAACAAACAUAAAGAAUAUCAUUUACAGAAUCUCAUCUGCAAAAACACUUUCAACAUAUUACAUUUUUUUCGAACAACGCGAUGAAGAAUCCUUUUUACAUUAUUUAGAGCUAAAACAAAUUGUUUUAUCUGUGUAACAAUGAAACUCACACACAUACACACUUAUACACACACACACACAGAGAGAAAGCUCUUCUACUCAUUAUAGGCAGCAAAAUUGUUGUUUAUGUUUUUAAAAAAAUAUAUAUAAAUAUAAAUAUAUAUUUUUUUUUGUUAAAUUGACGCAAAUUCAUUGUUAAUGAAGUAUUUCGAUUAUGAUUAUGUUAUAUACCAUAUACACACACACAUACACA